GGUUUGAAGGGGAUACAUUGUAACGACUCUGUGUGGAAAAUGGAUACAGUGUAUUUGCCAGUGGCCGAGAUUCCCAGAGGAGAAGAGUAAGGAGCCCGAGCUGGAAAUCACUAACCCAGUGUGCCCACCAAUGCAAUGACCGCUGCCAGUAGCCAGGCCUCUCAUUCAGGCCGUCUGCUGAGUUUUGAUGUGUGCUGUGGCCUGGAGAACUUGCCAGUGUCAGUCCUGAAUGAAGUGGACGACGACUGUUUGCCCCCCUUCCAGUACACACCAGAAAAUGUGGCUGGACCUGGAGAAGGUCGUGAUCCCACUGAAAUAACCCUCCCAGGUUGCGAGUGCCUAACCUCUUCCUGUGAACAGGACACGUGCGUUUGUCUACAGCGCUACGUUGGAGCUUAUGAUGAUGAUCUGUGCCUUGUUGACUUUAAGGAGGAGAUGGGCUACUCGAGGCCGGUGUUUGAGUGUAACAUUAUGUGCAAGUGUGGUGAGGCUUGUAAGAACAGGGUAGUCCAGAGGGGCCUGGCUUUUAAACUGCAGGUGUUCAAGUCCUCCCGGAAAGGGUGGGGCCUUCGCACUUUGGAACCGAUUAAGACAGGGAGGUUUGUGUGCGAGUAUGGGGGUGAGGUCAUCAGUUCUCCCGAAGCUGGCAGGCGAACUCGAUCCCAACGUUUUGGUGACAUGAACUAUAUCAUAGCUGUGAGAGAAUACCUGAGCACUGGAGAAAUACUAGAGACGUACAUCGACCCUACCCAUGUUGGCAAUGUUGGCCGAUUCCUCAAUCAUUCUUGUGGUCCUAAUCUCUACAUGGUUCCUGUUCGUGUCAGCUCAAUGGUUCCAAGGUUGGCUCUUUUUGCAGCUUGUAAUAUCGCAACUGGGCAGGAGCUGACAUAUGACUAUUCUGGAAAGUUCAACAAUCUUGAGAAGAGAGUUUCAACUGAAGAAGGGCCCAAUGGAGAGACUGGUACCCCGAAACUGUGCUACUGUGGUUCACCGUCAUGUACUGGCUUUUUGCCAUUUGACGGUUCACUCUAUAACCUGAAAGACAAGUAGAAUAAGAUUUGGCAUUGGCUGCAGCCGAUCAGACGUUGUUUUUAAGAGAUUUGUCUUUGCAAUUUAUGCAUGUUUAUGCUCCCAGGUGUUGAAUCUGUAACGUGCACUCUUCCGAGAUAUACACUUAUGAAUAUACAAAUUAGUUCAUUUAUAAUUGGUUUGCAGCACAUACAUAGUCACUUACAGUAAAACACCCUGGCUAUACAUUUCAAAAUACAGUUUUCCAUUUUCCUUAAACAUUUUAGGAUCAUAUGAAUCCUAAAU